CGGGUACCUCCCUCUGAUGGCGUCUCCAUAGACAUCCCGGCUAUCGACUCGAUCCACAAACGAUCCCCACCAACCCGUCGUUUCAGCAAUUCGUGCGAGACCAGGCCCAGAAUGAUACAGCAAUCAUCCAGGGGCGGCUCAAGUGAUGACGUAGUCAAGUGUGUGACAAAUAGCCUGUGUGAAGAUGAUUUCUCCUUGCCCUCACAGCCUCAGACGUUAUCAGCCUAUCCGUCUAGGCUGCAUGCUCCCGCUGUACGCGCACGCAGUUGCAGUGAAUCCUUGGCUCGAGGUACCGGUCGUCCGCAAGCAGGCACGGGGUCUAUGGAAAGCUUCGCAUACGUCAGCAAGGGAGGGAGACUAACACCGCAAGUCGGUCGACCUUCAGCCUCGCUGGCUGGGCGCACUGAAUCGGCCACGUUGAUGGAGGGAUCCUGUGUAUCGGAAGACGGGACGAGGAGAUGCUCAUCAAAGACGGAGUCGCUGCUCAGGCCGGAAUAUCAGUCCAACAACCCUUUUGUACUGCUUAAGUAUAUCUACAAAACUCGUCAAAUCACAGGCCAUGAGUACAAAGUGCUGUCGUUCUAUCUAUUCGUCAUCUCCGUUGCCUAUAACCUGAUCGUCUACUGGCUAGCCUUCGCCGUCAUUGUACAGAACACACAGGUCACGGAUGCGAAUAAGAACGUAUUGGUAUACGUCAGUGCGGCUGUGUUGCUUCAUCUGAUCCUCCAAAUUUUAGUAUCGGGAGGUUACUGUGUGUAUAACCACAAGCGGCCUUUACCCAAGUCGCGGAUGGUGAUACACAUGACACUGUGUACGGUCCUCGCGUUGGUAGUCCCGUGCAUGACAUACCUGAUUAUGCUAUGCAACCUGCGCAUAGUACAGUUCGGUUGGAAAUAUACACCACUGGUUGUAAUGUGCAUUGGCCAGUUGGUUCUUAACGUGUUAAUUGGGCUGCAAGUUUGUAGGCAACGCGUUAUCUAUCAUUUGUUUGUCGAGAGUCUUUACACGCCCACACUCAGCACACACAUCUACGAGUAUACCUUGGGCGCCAUCCUGGUCCUGGCAGUGCUAUGCCUCGUUCCCUUUGUAUUUAUCACACUGCAUUACGGCGAAAGCGCAGCCAUGUGGAUUCCCUUGAUCCCCUGUCUAGAGGAGUUGAUCCUUGUAUUCGUAUUGAUGUACUAUACGUAUAUCUCGCGCAAUGUCAAGGAGAGCUUCAGCGACUGGCGUGCAAACAUGCGCGUGGGGGCGGUUAUAACCUCCGCUACCAUCCUAAAUUAUGUUCUCAGUGUGCAUGUGCUUGCCCCAAAUACACUGGAUCUGGUGUCUCCCACUAAUGUGGCCUAUAUCAUACUACCUAUGUACUUGACCUUGUUUACCCUUGGGGUGUGCUUGUUGGAUAUCUUCCUGAUGAUAACCCUGAUCACAGCCUUUCAAUUGAAUAUACAAGGCACGCUCGACCCGUCUCACACGGUGCUGAAUGGGUGGGAGAAGGUGGUCGCCGAGGAGGAUCGCAACAAGGGUACAGAUAGCCUGACCAUGAGCAAUUGCAUAUUUGUGCAGAAUCAGUCUAAUAUGAACAUGGGGCGCAGAGUGAGUAUGUCGUCGACCACACCCACAGUACAUGAAGAGCCUCAUGGGCCGGACGGUUCGGUACUAGGCCCUAUCAAUAGCGGGGACGGCAAGACUCUAAACCCAAGAGGACGUGCCGUUACCAGUAGUCUCGAAGCGGGAGUAAACAGGCAUGGCGGGGGCGGGGAUUGUGGUGAGGGUAGCUCAUGUUCUAAAAAUAGAAUCAGAGAAGUUAUAAAUAGAAAUAAAAGUGAGGGAGAGUGUAGAUGUAUGUGCCGAAAUAAGGGCUCCUACUGCACCCUGAACUGUCACCAGCACUGUCACAGCUAUGAUGACAUUAUCAGAGGACCUACAAGUCGAGAGUGUGACCCGCAGCGUGUCAACGACAAAUGUAAACCAACCAACGAGCAACGAAAGCCUUGUGCUGACAAUGCGGCGUGUAUCAGAGAGGGCUGUGUGACAGCCAACAACAUCGUAAGCUCAACCAACGGUACGCCAAUACACCGUGGAAGUACAACGAGUAAUGGUAGCAGUUCUAUGCACUCGCUUGUACGCUGUGGUGGUAAGUCGCGUAGUCAAGAUGACCCGGAUGGGUGUGCGGAGGCCUGUGGAGAUAGCACAGCCAGCGGCCCACCCCAUUCAGAGCGGUGCAAGGGUGGUGUAUCGAACUCCGAAUGUAUGCUGAGCUACAAGGAGAGUACAUCGAGUAAUGGUACAAUCCACUCGGUCGUGCGGAUUGGCGGGUCUCAGUCGAUAGAAUUUAUGCGCGCAGCUGACAACUCAGUGGAUACCUCAGUUAUCUAUGAGGAUCAGGAGACGACGUCUGGUGUUAGCAACCCGAUGGAGCCUGUUAUCUCGGACAAGGGUACGUGACAAUAUAUAGAAGCAUUGAACAUGGGGCAAUAUACACGUCGUCACACACGUACGGCAACUCGCUUGAUACCACAUGCAUCAUAGCUUACACAUAACACUGCGAUAUCAUCCCACACGUAGCACUGUUAUACAUGACGGUUACCUCCACACACUUAAACUGUGCGAGUAGCUUGCGUGCGACGGCUCGAAGACUACGCAUGCUCAUGGCACGAUUGUGACGGUAUCGACGAGUGGUCAGGGUAGCGUAGAUUGAGAUGGAUGAAGCGCACGUGGUAGGAUGUAGUCGAUGGACUAUAAAUGCACCUAACAAGUGGGAUGACCUGUAAAUGCACCUAACACGUGGGAUGACCUGUAAAUGCAUCUAACACGUGGUAGGCGAGUAGUAAUAGGCUCCAACAAUCCUGCAAUGGUGGGGCAAACGGGGCGUGGGUCAUCGUGCUCUGCGUCAGCUACAACUGGGAUAUCACCCACAACCGUGUCAGACCCGAGGGUAUAUAUGUCGGUGACACAACGAGAUCAGUGAGGCGCAUUUGUAAUUGGAAACGUGUGGUAGGCCUACUGGCUGCCGCUCUACGGUUUAACACACACAUUACAUGUGCACAUCCUCGUAGUCGCACACACGGACCGCUUCUCCUGACACCGUACACGAUACACUACAAAGUGACUAGGGUGUUCGUGGCAGGGGAACGUUAGAGCUUAUCCUAGGGAGUGCUUGGUGUGGAGCGUAAGAGCUUAUAGUAGGGGGUGCUCAGUGUGGUAUACGUAGCAAUUCGCGGGACUCGCGCCUUUCAUAUGUGACGGUACAACUCGCUCGUCAUAUACGCGAUAUCACGCCAAUCUUGGCCCAUGUACCAGGACACGCUGCACCUGUCCUACUAUAUAUUGGAUCGGCGCGUUGGAGAUUGGCCCAGGGUGGAAUCAGCACACUUUCGCCUUUAAACGGUUUCCCAAAACAAAUACAUCGAGUCCAACGUGUAGCCAGGAGAACAAGCACAGAGCCACGCGUGUACUUCCACACACAGAAUAUCAAAAGAAUAGCAUGCAUCAUAGGGUAACAGGUUGAUACAAAUAGCCUAUAGUUACUACGUCCUCUAUAUGCCCGUGAGAAUGCGCAAUUGGUCUCAAAAAUAGGAACCAAUCAAAAUUUCAUGGUGUUCCAUGUGUUUGAGGUUACACACGUGGUAGCGCCCUGACAUUCAUUUAAAUCCACUAGAAUCUGGAGCAUAAUUCUCCGGUUUGAAUUUAGUUGAGGACCAAUGCGACUUUGGCAUGUUAGAGAAAAUGUGGUACUUCAGUUGUGCGUGUGUGGCCCCAAUUGAGUAAGAGAGUGUGUGUAGUGUGUGAUCAUUAGACGCGACAAGUAGAGAAAUAAAGUAACACUGCAAGCGUUGCUCACCACUUCCCCAUGCCGAGCUUCCUUUGCAUCGCAUCGUAUACAUCCUA